AUGGUCCUUCUUGCUGUGGUAUGUUUCAAAAUCAAAAAUGGUGAUUUUCGGAAUUUUUCCAGAAGGAAAAUGACCGCGAGGCCGAUUUCCUGUACUCUUAUUCAAUGGUAAGGGUUUAUUUUUGUAAUCCCCCCCCCCCUUGAGUUUUCUGGUUGACAAUAUGUAUCUUUAUAGGCAAAGUCGGAAGGACCUUUGAGCGUCCGUUUAUGGAUCAAAUAGCUAUCCAUUAAUUGUUCCUAAACGGGCGGAUACGGUUUCCUUUUUACUGCCUUUUUACGCCCUUUCAUCGGCCUUUAUCCAUCCUUUUUGGACCCUUUUGAGAAGGAAUUUUUAAAACUGAGAAUAAAAUUCACUAGUGGCUGGGUAUGAACCAAAAUGUGCUACAGUAAUAAAAUCGGAAAUCAUCAAUAACAGAGGCUUUCAGCACCCUUUUUUCACCCUUUUUGCAUUGCAGCCCUUUUUGCACACCAAGAAAGAAAGGCUCAAUAAAGGCCGCAAAACGGAACCCAUUUAGCAGCCAUUUUGCACCCGUUUUCCGCACUUGGCUGUGCUUUCUGAAGCUUAUUCAGAAACUGUUCUUCAUUAUUUUGAUUUAUACAUUUUUUCGAGACAUGGUACGACGAACGGCUGCGUUUCAAUGCUACCGAGUACAAUCAAACAACAGUUUAUAUACCUGUUUCUGAGGUUUUCCUGUUCAUUUUAUUGAAAGAUUUAUCGGUUUUUCUAGCUCUGGAUUCCUCCAUUCUAUGCCUACAACACCAUUGAAGUCGUACAAAACGAUGGCGAAUCGGAUUAUGUUAAGGUUUCUUUUUCAAAUUUUCAUGCCUUAGGGCCCUCUGAGGCUACCCUCUAGGGACCACUUAACCUCUCCCUAUAGGGUUUCUAGUAUAUGGUCACUCUAGUGGAACAUUUUGUCCAUUCUGGGCUAAGAAGUAUUUCUAUUAUUCGAAUGAUUUAUCAACAGAGGGUCAUUUGAUACGAAAACGUGUACGGAAAAAGUACUUUAAUAGGCAUUUAAAGAGAAACGGGUACACCCCUGGUUUCAAUGCGGGGUGCACCGCAACUUUUUUUAUUCAGACGAAGAUGAGAGUGCACGCCGCAGUGAAUUCAUAAUAAAGUGAACUUUUGUUGUUCUUUCGGGGCACCCCGCAUUGGACCUUGGACCAGCAUUGGACCCCUGGGGCUAUCGGUCGGGAAUAAAAAGUUGUUUUUGAGCUACCGUAACAACUUAGGAUAGUACUCUAGAGAAUGGGUACAUUGGGUAACGAGCCACUUGAAAUCGUGUACGUAACAAGUGCCUUGAAAGGCACUCAAAGCUAAACGGGGUACGCCUAUGGUUACAUUUCGGGGUGCACCGAGAGUUCGACGUAGGGUGCCCUACAACUUUUGUUCCUCUAACAAAAAUGAGGGUGCACCCCGCAGUGAGUCCUGAAAAAAGUGAAUUUUUUGUGGAACGUUUCGGUGCACCCCGUAUUGGACCUGGAUGGCGUGCACCCCUGCGGCAACCAGUCGGAAAUAAAAUUUGCUUUUGAGCUACCGUUACAGCCUAGGAUGAAACUGUGGGAAAUGGUGAUAUUGGGAAAAAUACCAUUUCGAAAUCGUGUACCGAAUAAGUACCGUAAUAGGCAUUCAAAGAUAAGCGCGGUACACGUUGAUAACACUGCGGGGUGCACCGAGAGUUCGAAGCGGGGUGCACCGAGAGUUCCAAGCGGGGCGAAUCAAGAGUUCGACGCUACGUGCAUCGAGAAUUCGAAGUGGGGUACACAGCAACUUGUGUUUCGCUCAGACAAAAAUGAGAGUGCACCCCGCAGUGAACCCCAAAAAAGGUGAAGUUUUCGUUGAUGUUUUCAGCGCACCCUGCAUUAGACCUGGAUGGGGUGCACCCCUGGGGUAAGUGCCUUACUAGGCAUUUAAAGCUAAAUGGGGGUGCACCGCUGGUUUUACUGCGGGGUGCACCGAGAGUUCGAAACGGGGUGCACCUAGAGUUCGCAACGGGGUGCACCGAGAGUUCCAAGCGGGGCGCACCAAGAGUUCGACGCUACGUGCAUCGAGAAUUCGAAGUGGGGUACACAGCAACUUGUGUUUCGCUCUAACAAAAAUGAGAGUGCACCCCGCAGUGAACCACAAAAAAGGUGAAGUUUUCGUUGAUGUUUUCAGCGCACCCUGCAUUAGACCUGGAUGGGGUGCACACCCCUGGUGUAAGUGCCUUAUUAGGCAUUCAAAGCUAAACGGGGUACACUGCGGGGUGCACCGAGAGUUCAAAGCGGGGUGCACCGAGUGUUCGACGGGGUGCGCGGUCACUUUUGUUACUCUAACGAAAAGGGGGGUGCACCCCGCAGUGAACCCCGAAAAAUUGAUGUCCAUCCCAACUUUUGUUAGAGUCGAUUCUUCUUCGAACUCUGAGUCGAACCCUUCUUCAAUACAGUAAGACGUCAUGUUCAGAUUUUUUCGGAUGGUUUGGUUCGGCUUCGGAAAACUCUCUAUGCGCGUUUCGUGUGCGAAGUUGAUGUUUCCAGGUCAUUAAACUUUUUUUUCUAGCAUUGAGAGAUUUUUUGAAGGUUUCCCUUCGAUACUCAGUACUGUGUAAUCGCUUAUUCGUCUCCCUCGAUAUCGAUCGACCAGUGCGACGCGGUUCCCCGCAUCGAUGGUAAUAUCAAUUUGCAGGUAUAGCUUUUUUUUCCGGGUUAGGUCCUGGUUGGACUACCGUACACCUUGAGAUAACAGGUCUUAAAACGAAGCGCGAAAAAAGCUCUGUAUACUGUAGUCUUUCUUAAAUUAUAAAACGCGCGCUUUCCAUACCGGCGUGGUCAUAUUAAAAGGAAAAGCAAGAGAAGAGAGGGCGCAGAGAAAUGAGACUGUUCCAAGUGAUUGAAAUAUUGAUUAGUACUGUAUUUGAAUGCUGAGGAAUUUUGAAAGCUUGAAACAUUUCAAAUAGAGAGAAAAAUGUCUGACCUGCCUGCUCUCUCUAUUCUCUCACCAGAGAAACACGGAACGUAUCAAGUUAGAGAAAAGAGAGCGCAGAGAAGUCAGACGGCUUCAAAUCACUCUAACCGAGCAUUUACAGGGGAACAGUGAGUUCAAAUGUUUCACGUUUCAAACAGAGAGAUCACUUUUAAAACUGUCUGACCUGUCUUCUCCCUCUUUUCUCUCACCAGAGAAACACGGAAAGUAACAAGUUAGAGAACAGAGAGCGCAGAGAAGUCAGACGGCUUCAAAUCACUCUAACCGAGCAUUUCCAGGGGAACAGUGAGUUCAAAUGUUUCACGUUUCAAACAGAGAGAUCACUUUUUGAAACUGUCUGACCUGUCUUCUCCCUCUUUUCUCUCACCAGAGAAACACGGAAAGUAUCAAGUUAGAGAACAGAGAGUGCAGAGAAGUCAGACGGCUACGAAUCAUUCUAACAAAUAAUUUCUAGGGGAACAGUGAGUUCAAAUGUUUCACGUUUCAAACAGAGAGGACACGUUUUAAAACUGUCUGACCUAUCUGCUCCCUCUAUUCUCUCACCAGAGAAACACGGAAAGUAUCAAGUUAGAGAACAGAGAGCGCUGAGAAGUCAGACGGCCCCAAUCAUUUUAACUGAGCAUUUCCAGGGGAACAGUGAGUUCAAAUGUUUCGCGUUUCAAACAGAGAGAUCACGUUUUAAAACUGUCUGACCUAUCUGCUCCCUCUAUUCUCUCACCAGAGAAACACGGAAAGUAUAAGUUAGAGAACAGAGAGUGCAGAGAAGCCUGACGGCUACGAAUCAUUCUAAAAAAUAAUUUCUAGGGGAACAGUGAGUUCAAAUGUUUCAACCAAAGCGUAGCUGAGAGGUCCUACCUUGUUUACUCAGCGACUCAUCGAACGGUUUGUUUUUGGUCGCAUUGGGAAUGGCUUGACGCGGUGCGGUUUUGAAAAAGUUUAAUGAUUCAGAUUUUCUUCAUAGCGCACUUGAAACGUUAUCCGACGUAUUAUAUCGUGAUGGUCGUGAUUCCGACGUUUUUCAUUUGCGUCGUUACGAUCACUGGAGCAUUGGUACCUCUUCGAAAGGACGAAUCUAAUGAUAUUGUUCGUUUUAAAGGAUUUUCAGUACUGAAUAAACAGAAUCACAUGUGAAACUUCUAAUUACAUCAUUUUUCAGGUAGGACUUGGCUUAGGAUCGAUUUUAGCCUUGAUUUUUAUGCUGAGCAUCGUCGCCGACAAGUUACCGAAGACUCCUGGAUUGGCGUGGCUUGGUUGAUUUUUUGAUCUUUGAAAGAAGAAAUGGCGAGAGAGAAGACAAAAUUAAGAGGCUCCAGAGAAGUCAGAAACUCUCGUUCUCUGGCGUCUCUUCUGGUUGCGCUCUGUCUCGUAUCCUCUUUUUUCUUAUCCGUGUCUUUUCAAUUUGAAGAGUGAGAGGUCAACAGAGGACUGAAGAGACUCUAGAGAAACAGGGAAAGUCUCGCUUCUCUGGUACCUCUUCAGAUUGAAGUUGAUCUAAUAUUACCCGCUCUUUUUUUUUCAAUUUUUUUAACUCUAUCUCCUCUGUUUUCCUUGAAAAUCAAGUUCAAGAACCUCCUUAGAGUUCUGUCAUCAACUUCAAAACGAGAGAUCACUGAAAACUUGGAGAGAUAUCAGAGAAACGAGAGGAAAUAUAUUUCUCUCGCGUCUCUUCUGGCUUCCGUUGAUUCCUCGUGACCCUCUUUUUUCUUGAUUUUGAUCAUUUUCCAGGCUACUACGUCAUCGAAGCCCUGGUCCUGUGUACCCUGACCCUCGGCCUGGGCUUCAUCCGAGGCCAGGCCACUUCUAGGAUGGAGUUGACCAGAAAACCCGGCCGAAUCGUCCAUUUCCUGACUCGAGUUGACGCCUCCGUCUGGGAUUCCGAUAAUCGAGUCUCCGAUUUAUCAGAAAAAAAUAAGACGCCUUCUUCCGCACGAUCCGACGGCCGUAUGAAAAACAAAAAAGAGGAAAUUUGGCAGAAGGUGAAAAUAGAAAAAGUUAGAAAAUGUAAAAAUUGCCUUUUCCGUUCCAGAUCCAGUACCGAAUCGCACUUCUCUGGUUCUUUUUCUUCCAACUUAUCAACUUAAUUUUGCUUUUCGUCUUUUUUUCAGCUUCUUGGCAGGAAGCGCCCCCUUUUCAUGGUGUUAGCUUUUGA